AUGUUCUUGAGAACUUUAUCGCUAAAUUUAACAUUCCACCGUUAUCUAUAUUACUUUUUUAGUAAGUCUAUCCAUGAUAAGUUACUAGAUCUAUAUCUAGAAGAAAAAGAGAAACAAGAGGACAACUCAGAAUUAGAUACGUCAACCUAUUUAUUAGCUAAGUUAGUAAAACGAGAUAAGUUAAACUGUUUGGUAUUAAACCUAUAUCCUGCUAAUGAAGGACACUCUCUAAUGUUGAAGGCUAGAAAUGGUAUAGAGACUGAAACAAUAAAAUUACCAUAUGAAGAAUCAGAAUUAUUAGAGUAUGUUGAUGAAGCUCAGCUACCACCAUUUCUAGUUGAUUUAUUAGAAAAAUCUAAUUUGAAUGUAUUCUACAGUGGAUGUGUUAUAGUAGAAGUUAGAGAUUAUAGAAGAUCAGCUAUUAGCUCACAUGAUUCACAAUAUGUAUUACUUCGACCAACACCUCAGUCGUUACUGUGUGAUAUCAAUGCUCUAAUGAGUGAGAAUGAGAAUCUAGUCACACAAGAAGAUGAGUUUAUGUUAGAAAGUGAGAUAUUACUAGCUACAGAAGAACCGUUAUGUCUGGACCCCUCCCCAGCAGUUUGUCUGAUUAACAAUAGAAUUCAGUUUGAAGAUAAGACAUUGUGUAACCCUGAUUUAAAAAGAACUGUAAAGAAAUUCUCUCAAGUAUCUGUGAACAGAAAGCGAAAGUUAGCUCAAGCUCCAGCUCCUAAAGAAUUAAAAUUAUUUGAUUUUAUAAGUAGAAAGAAAGAUAAAAAUAAAGUAACUGUAGGAAAUAAACCAACGACUAAAGCUAAAUCAGUGAGUAAUAUAUAA